AAAUAAAAAAUGCAAAGAUCCUGGUUAGAGCAACCCCAAAGAGCUUUGGACAUCAAUUUCGAUAUAAAAUCUAUUCGGAAUUAAGUUAAAGAUAGAUGUGUACCCGUCCUACAAUAUUAAACUGACUCUGCUCAAAAAUCAUUCUACUCGUAUAGGUAUUAGCAUCAAAUAUCUUAGGAAAGAAAGUUUACCCACAGUACCAUCAUUCGAAAACUUAUAAGCUAAAAUAAGGGAUUUUUCAUACACUAAGCUUAAUCAAGCAUCAUCCUUUUAAUAAAAGAAACAGAUUGCUGAUAAAUCUAUUACUUACUCGCCUCAAAAGGCUGUUGGUCUUUAAAAGAAGUAAUGUUAAAAUCUAGAAUUUAAGAAUAAAUAGCUCUUUGGGGAGUAGGAACAAUUCUAAUUAUCAAAGUUCUCGACAAUAAUCUCCAGCUUAUUAAAGCAGACCUAUUGAACAUAGUUAUAGGUCAUAAUAGAGAAGAAAUUUGAGUGAUAACUUGCAAUUGAACGAAAUUGUUUCUAUGAGGAAUAAGAUUGAAUCAUCCUAAGCCAGCAGAAGCCUAUUGGGAGCUAAGUAAUUUAUAAUGAUUCUAUAUUAGUUAUGUGAGUGAAUUGGUCAAAUUAGCUUAGGCCAUAACUAAUGCACUGAAAUGAGAUAAUUUUAGUUUAAAAUUAUGAUAUAAC